CUUUCUUGAGAAGAGCAGACUCUGUCAGUAACCAAGCCUUUUUUACAGGGCAGGGCACCUCCAAUUCCAAACGGUUCACAAACUCUUUCUUGCAACUGUACAUCUGUAAAUAUUCACAUAAUGUCCGUGACACCCUUAAACUGCACCUGUAACCCAGUCGCUUCAGGACCGAGUCGUACGGUGCGUUACUGACAUGCUGUAGGUCCUCGGUGUUGACCGGUUGAAUAUCCGAGGUGCGGGCGAGGACUGUGCAGGUGAGGGGUCCCGGGUGCUGUGCCGUGCGGAGCCUGUCGCGCUCCGAGGGGUGCAGAGGGACCGGCGGGUGGGCGUGGGCACCAGCGCCGCACAGCCGCUCACCUGUUUCUCUGGCACUCCGCAGCUGCUGGCGCGGCGCGGGGAGGAGGAGCAGACCGUGGAGGCCCUCUGGCACUGGUCCUUCGCCCUGCAGGGCAAGGUGUUCGACGCCUGGCGGGGCUUCGUGCUGGACCGGCGCAGGAAGAGCGCUCGGCUGGGCCGUGCCGUCGAGGUCUACCGGCAGGAGCUGCUGCGCGAGGGCGUGGUCCGCAUCCUGCGCCACACCGCCGACAUGGCCCGCUUCCGGACUGCGCUGGCCGAGCAGAGCCAGACCCAGUCGGCCCUCAGGCUGCAGCGUCUGGUCCGCCGCUGUGCCAUGCUGUGGAAGCGCCGGGCGCUGAGCCGGGGACGCGGGCAGAGGCCGCCACCCUCGAACCCUGAGCCACGCAGGAAGGCCGUGACCUUUCACCUCCCCGGCGGGGAGAAGGUGGGCGUGGGGCUGCUGUCCGACAGGAACAGGGCGAGCUGCGGGACCCCGGCGCUGCAGGACGGCGCCAUGCCCGCGACAGCGGGGAGCACACCCAGCCUGCUGCCGUCGGUCCGUGCGCCCCGACUGCAGCCCCGCAGACCAGACUACCUGCUCCCUGCGCCGGGCAGGGAAGGGCCCCGUCUCCCUGCAAGGGGCAGUUCCUGCGCCCUACAGCCUCUGCCCUCUCCACCACGGUCCAAGCCCUCUGCCCACCAGGGGGCGCAGCAGGAAACCAGGAUCCCCCCUCAAUCUGCCCCACAGCCAGGUCCUCCUGCAGGGCUGGGGGUGUGGACAGCACCCCCCCCAGAGGUGGCGCUGUGCCCCCAGGAGCCACUGCUGCCCCCCUCCUCUUUCAUGGGGCCUCAGGGCGUGAAGAGUCACACCCAGACAGCAAAGCUGCCGAGGAGCCGUGAGGAGCCAGCGGCCUGGUACCAUACGCCCCCCGCUGCCCUGCAGACCGGGGCCCCACACCGUCCCCACAGGGACCCCCAGGACCUCCUGCUGUUCUCCCCUGCUGCCUUCGCUGGCACUCGGACCCCAAGAAAGACAGCAGCAGCCUCUGACGACGAUGACGAAGAGGAGUGGGGAGGAGACCAGAGGAGACAGGAUCGGGGAUCCCCGAAGGAGCCACUCCGUGCCUUACUGACGGCCGAACUCUUGCAGAUCCGUCAGGAAAUGCAGCGUUUCCACGACAACAAGCUAAAGCUCAAGGCGUGGCGCAGGCAGGCUGCAGCGCUCGGAGCCUGGCUGGAGGACAGCGAGAGAGACGGGGAGACGCCGGACUGCGCCGGGGAGGCGCGGCAGGAACUGGCGGAGCUGGAGCAGAAGACGAGAGCGCUGUCCGCGCAGCUGAAGGAGGGGCAGCCGGCGAUGGUGCAGCACGCGGCGCGAAUCCGCGAGAUUGCCGGCCUGCUGCCAGACUGACGCCGCUCAGAGCCGCCACUGAUCCCGCCGGAGCAGCUCUGACCCGAGCCGUUUCCCACAGGGCUCCAGCGCCUCUAUGCUCAUUUCGAUGUGCCGAGGGUCGCCCAUCCUCUGCCCCGGGUUGUUUUCCGGGAGGUCUUGGCAGAGGUGCCCCUGCAGUGCAGGCGUGUUGCCCAGAGCUGCGUCCCAGUUUCCCAGCCCAGUGGCACAGCAGGAACUCAUGAUGCUGUAUAGACGGAAUGGCUGUGUCUAACUUAUUUUUGCAAAGUAAAUAUAAUAAAUGUGUUUUUGCUGUUGGGA